UGGUCUGUUCCAAUGUCCCGUGAUAACCAAGAAGUAAAGUUUCCAGUCAGUGAAUCUUGUUGUGAGGAGACGUUCCCGAGUAUUUUUAUUAACCUUCUGUAUUUAAAAUGGAUGCACGUUGUGGCGGAACAUCCGAGGCGAAAGAUGCCGAUGAAGAGGUGCAGAAAAUAUGCGAUGAGGUAAAGUCUCAUGCAGAGGAUAAAGCUGGGCGAAAGUUUGACGUUUUCACCGCCAAAUCUUAUAAAACGCAAGUUGUUGCGGGGAGAAAUUACUUCAUCAAGGUGCAUGUAGGUGAGGAUGACUAUAUUCAUCUACGUGUCUUUAAACCCCUGCCCCGUGCUGGAAAAAAACUGGAGCUGCACGGGAUACAGACAUCCAAGGCUCAUCAUGAUGCCAUUGAAUACUUCUGAAGCAAACCUCCAGAAAGAUCAAAUCAUCAUGAAUAUUGGCCAAAAUCCCACUGUUACCAUUUUUACACUGUAAAUGUUUACUUUAACAUCUGAAGAUGAAUCCUGUUAACUCAUUUAUUACAUGUGAUGACCCUAACAAUAAUGAACAUUAUUGACUAGUGUGUAAACAAUACCUACAGUGUAACUCAUUUUGAAUCAAGUAAUCCUUUAAAUACAUGUCUCCAUGUUUUUGGCAUAGCUGUACAAUAACAGUUCAUUAUCACUUAACUCAAAUCUAGAUAUCCAUGCCAAUAGUUCUUCACAUUGUGGGCUUUGUACCUAGUGAUAUUGAUGCAGUAAAUAUAAAUUUUAUACUUGACUGCCUAUAAUGUAUAAUAUUUACAUAAAAUGCAUGAAUGGACA